AAACUUCCGGUAGACGAUUUUUUUUUCUUACGUUACAAAUCUUGAAACAUCUCAUACGAUUUUUUACAUAAAAAGUACAAAAAUCUAGAUAUAGAUCUAUAGAUCUUUAUAAUUGUCAAUUAUAGACAUACUUUUAACUUUAAAUGGCAACGUUGCAAUCGACUAGAAACCCGUAUCCGUUCCCGCAGUUUCAAAACGAUGAUAACUUCCAAGGCCAAAGAGAGCCUGAGAUCAUCUGCUACCCAGUGCCAACACAUUUAGCUCAACGCCAGCUUCCAUGGCAUCGUCUAAGUACACAUCACACCCUGAGCUCAGCAAGACAUGAAGCCUACCAUUUCGAUCCAGCUGCUCCUAAUGAUGAUUUGGACUUUGUCUUAAAAGCCACUUACAAUCAUCACGAGGCUUUACUUAACAACAAAAAUGAAGUUGUAUUCCAGCCUGAAACCUUCACCGAUGAACAUGGGCGUGUGUUGAAGAACAGAGUCAAGCCUUUGCCAGAAAAGAAAAUGCCAUUGAAUCAUCCUCUGAUAAUAACUGGACAAGAAAAGAAAGAGAAUCUUAACAGCGUCAAGAAUGCCAUUGCAAGCCAUCACAUAGAGACUACCAACAAAGGCUAUUCAAGGAAACCAGAUGGAGGAUUUUUUUGUUCUUAAAAUUGUUUUCAUUAUGUUUAAUAUUUAUUAAGUUUUAAUCUAUGUAUUUAUGCAUGAGGGGUUUUGAAUUUUACACCUAUUCUAUUGUAUAUGUAAAUUAUGUACACUUUAAAAGCAAAUUUACUUGACCAAUAUGUCUUUGGAAAGCUAUUCGAGGGGAGAUAAGCAUUAAUUAGCCUAUCCAGCAUUUUAUCUUAUGCAAAUAAAAGUGGUAUAAUUAUAAUUUAUAAACAGUAGUUGAUAAGGAUAUUUUUUCAACAGUUGUUCAUGUAUAACACAAAUUUGGUAUUGGUAAACUUUUUUUUUUCUGACUAAAGAAUGUUUUUUUUUGUAACUUUGUGUUUUAGCUUUAAUGUCAUUGAGUACAAAAACAAUCAAGAAAAUAAAAUGUAAUGUAUGACUUCAUUUCAUGUUUUUAGGACGCAGUCACCUAAAUGCAACGAGAAAUGGCUACACCAGAAAAAAGGAAAUUGGUGGCUUUUUUUUACCAUGAUAACUCAAGUAUUAAUAUCCAACAUGAGCGCUGUAUGCCAUUAGUUUUAUGUUCUGUUAAGAAAACAAAUGCAAGCUUACAUUGGUAUUAUUGUAGCAAUUGUUAGUGAGCCAUCUACCUUUUCAUUUAAUAAAGCUGCAGAUAUCAUGA